UCCAAGUCCAUUUUAUGGUAUUGAUGAUUCAUUAUUACACUUUCACUAUUGGUACGAUAUAUAAGAAUAACAUUUCUUUCAGGUUAAAGGCAGUGGACCCAUGGCAACAGUACUCCCUGUCGUUUCUGAAAAGUCCAAACAUAUAAAUGAACUUGUUACAAAUCAAAAGAUAACUUUUAAAGAGGCUGCACACAGCUUGAGCCAACUUUGCAUAUCGUUACCCUCAGUAUUCCACUAUUGUCGUCCUUCUGAUUCUGAUUUCAAAUUGUAUGAUAGCAGCAAACCCUUGCCACCAAGUGCAGAGGCAAAAUUCACUGUUGCCAGUUAUACAGUUGAAAGUAAAAAUCUAAAUGAGGGUGAAAUCUGUGCUUUGCCAAAUAUUGAGGUGAGGAGCAUAAGUCCUUUGAGCUGGAAAAAAAGGAAUAAAACCAAACUAGUUACAUUAUGA